CAUGGGACUGUGUCUAUAGUGUAGCAUCUUUGAAUGGCCAUAACAAUAUAAUGAUUUUCUGAAAGCUUAGAAGGAGCUCUUUCAGAUGGUAUGCUCAAAUCUCAAAUUUGAAACAGGCCAUAAUUUCUUAGAAUUAACAGCCUAAUUUGUGUGUAAAAUUAAGAUAGAGGAUUGCAAGUUUCUUUGUCAGUACUAUUGUAUAAUUUGUAUUGCUGAGAGGUGGGGCUGCAAUAGCAGUUGUGUUGGGUCUAGUGAUAGGUUGCUCAUCAGUAACUAUAUGCUGGUUGUGUAGACUGUCUGCCACGCGUGUAGUAUGGACAGGUAGUCAUCACUUUCAAUAUUACCCACGCUCACUUUAUUAGAGCAUGAGUGGUGUUGUCUGUGUGGAGGUGAUGGCAUGUGCUCUCCCUCACGCUCAGUCAUAAUAUCAGCUCAACAACGGAGGAAGUUGCCUCGAACUGUAUCAAUGAAGCGCUUGUUCCUAUUGUACACUGUACAAAACCUUAUUGCUAGAAUAAUUAUAUUGCUGGUGAAAAAAUUUGCGAAUGAGCCAAAUCAGCAGCAGAAAAAUUUGCCCUUUGCGAUCUGCGUUUGGCAAGUAUUAAUUUAGUAAAACAGGAGAGGAUUCUCUAUUUUUUAUAUGGGUUUUAUAUACAGAGGUGACCGUGUUUUGCAAUUUUAUUUUGCGAAUUGAUCCAAGUUCGCAUAUGUUUGAUGCUUGCAAAAAAUUAAUUAGCACUUUAUCUAUUGAUAGUCUCCCAGGGAAUAGCUGUGGUCAAGCAUGUAGCCAAUCAUGGGAUCACCUGAUCCAACCAGCCAUUGUUUGCUUCACCAUGUGGCACAGCAUUGUGCUCUAGGAGCUGGAGUCUCUUUCAAUACUCGAUCUAUCUGUGUGUGUGUGUGUGUGUGUGUGUCAAAGUAUAACUGGAAUGUCCUGGCAAGAAGCAGAGACUCGUAGAAAGCCUGCCUGCCAUGGAUGGUGAUGUUGGUUUCCGCAAUGUACAGCUGCUCAAGAGCCGAGUACUGGGUGUAGGGUCAUACGGACAAGUGUGUGAAGCCAUGGCUGACAAUCUCCUCUGUGCUGCCAAGAUAUUCCACCAAACACUCUUAGGCCCCUCCUACCUACAACCUGCCCUCCAUGAUGCUAACCCCAGAGCACCGUUCAAUCGCUUCAAGCAAGAAUGUGCUUUAUUGAGAAGAAUCAACCAUCCAAACAUAGUCCAAUACCUCGGACUCUCCCAGGACCCUGACACACAGCUACCUGUACUGUUGAUGGAGCUAAUGGACCGAAACUUAAAGCAACUUCUUGAAACUUCUACACAUCCUGUUCUCUACUACCUGCAAGUCAAUCUAUCACUGGAUAUCAUUCAAGCCUUGUCUUUUCUUCACGCUAACAGCCUGAUUCAUCGAGACCUCUCUAGUAACAAUAUCCUUCUAAAUGGCGACUCUCGUGCUAAGCUGUCAGAUUUUGGAAUGACGAAGAUGAUUAGUUGUGCUCUCCCCUCCUCUCAAGUUUCACACACCACCUGUCCCGGUACAGAAGUGUACAUGCCGCCUGAGGCUACAUCCAGCCAAUCAGAUUACAGCGACAAGGGGGAUGUGUUCUCGUUUGGAGUCAAUCUUGUGCAAAUUCUCACCAAAAAGUUCCCCUCACCUGGCAGUAUGCUCCGAACCGUUCGAACCAAUGAUCCACAGUUUCCGUCUGGUGAAAUUGAAGUACGUACAUCCGAGAUUGAUCGUCGUGACAACCACAUUAGACUGAUAUUCCCAGGCCACCCUCUCCUCCCAAUGGCAAUAGACUGCCUGCGGGACAAAGCCAACGAUCGACCAUCUGCUAGCAGUCUUUGUCAUACCCUCACGGAACUAAAGGUCCGCUCAGAGUACAAAGAGAGUGUUUCAAUGAACCUAGUUAUUACCGUGGAGACCAAAUGUGAGCAGCACACACCUCUGCAAAUCAUACAAGAUUUGGCUGCAAAAGAUCAAGAGAUAAAAGAUUUAAAAAUGGAGUUGAAAUCGAGUCAACGCAAUAUUGAAAUGCUCGAGCAAAAGAUCGCUGAUAAAGACCAUCUUCUGUUAGCUAAAGACAAUCUACUGCAAGUCAAGGGAACGGUACUAGAAAAGUUCAAAUCUAAAAUUGAACAGUUGAGAUUACGAUUAGACAUCCUAGACGUCCAACUACCUACUCCGAAUAUAACACCUUCUGUGAAGAAAUCUGACAAAGAGUUUGGAUUUCACUGGACACCUACGAAGACGGCCCCGUGUCGACUGUAUAGAGUGUCCAACUCUUGUGUGCUUGUGGACACUGUGGCCUAUUUCAUGCCAGAGUCUCAACUACCAUCGUCCAGGAAGGUCUACGCUCUGGACCUGGUCACUGUCAAGUGGUCCACGAAGGCCGAGUGCCCUACCGAAUCUGCUUCCCUGGUCGUAAUUGCUAAGCAACUAGUUACAAUUGGAGGCAAAAAACAGUUUUCCUUGAAAGACCUGCUUGGAAGUGGCCUAUCGAACCAGCUAUACACACUUGGCAGUGACGGUGAAUGGACUGAACAAUACCCGCCGAUGCCUACCCCUCGAAUGGGAGCAUGUGCUGUCAGUACUGUUACAACAGUGAUCGUUGCCGGAGGUAAAGGGAAGAAAGACCAAUGUUUCAAGACCGUAGAGAUCAUGGACAUCAGUACACGACAAUGGUUCACAGCUCCCGACUUGCCUGUACCACAGUAUGAAGCAUCGAUUGUGAUUUGUAGGGACACGCUGUACCUCACUGGAGGAUGUGACCAUUUCUUCCACCCCCUACCCACGGCAUUCUCGUGCUCCCUUCUCGCUCUGAUCCAGACAGCCUCCUUGCCACCUGUUUUAUUAUCUCGAUCGUCCAGAGAAGUAUGGACAGCCUUGCCCGACCUACCGGUGCUCUACUCAACGUGUGCCUGCAUAGGGGGCCACCUGGUAGCUAUAGGGGGUUGCAAUGCCAACUAUAAACCCACCUCAGCCGUGCAUACGUAUGACCCGGCUGCGAAUGUCUGGAAGAUUGUCAGCCAUCUUGGAGUGCCCAGAGAGAGGAGCUUUGUGCUGACGUUGUCUGAGGACAAGCUGUUAGUUGCCGGGGGCUACAUGUCCAAGUCAGCAGAGGGUUAUACGGACAGAAUAGAAGUUGGAACAGUUGUGUAGCUUCUUAGAUACUAUUUUUAUUAUGACUCUAAGAUUAUUCAUUAAUAAUUAUUGUUGCUCUCUAAUUGAAAAUGGAAAAGUUGCUCAACAAUACCGUAUAGCUGGUAAUUUUCGAGGGUCUUAACUCUUAAGUUUGGCUAUUUUUGCGUAUAAUAUAUAUAGCAGUUUUUUUUUACAUACUUGCAUAUUGAGCAUGCAUUUUCGCGGUUGAAAUUUUCGUAUCAAUAUUGCACAUAACCACAUUACAUUUGCUA